AUGUGGCAGAACGAGCCAAGACUGGAUUUGCGACAAUGGGAAAUUGGACAGACGAACAACAAGCCUACUAAAAAGGGAAUUAGCUUAAAACUACAUCAAGUCAAAACCUUAAACAACGGAAUGGAGUCGAUUCAAGAGAGCUUAAAGAAAAACGAGGAUUUGAAGUGGCAUCUGGGGAUGAACGUUUACGCUUCGGUUCAAAAAGACAACCCUUGUGUUGACAUUCGUCAAUAUUGGAAACGACCUCAACUCGACGAGUCCGUACCGACAAAAAAAGGAUUGUGUUUUCGACCUCAGGAAUUUGACAUUUUUCUAAAGCAUUGGGAAGAAAUAAUAAAGGCCAUGCCUGAACUUGAAAAGUUUGUUGCCUGUUACGAUCAAUCUGACCACUUCAAUCAAUUGGGAAUGUUGAGUUGUCAGGCUUUGAAUAUUCUUGUUUAUUUUAACCGAAAAAACUUCCCUUCAAUCCAGCUACAGGUUGUUGCAGACUGUGACAUGUUGAUAAGAGAUGCUUACACAGGUUGGCCUGGGUGCACACACGAUGCACGUGUUCUCAGAAAUUCCUCUUUGUUUGACAUAGCCGAAAAUGGACAAUGUGUUAUGCAUGGAAAAUUUAUUAUUGCAGACAGUGCCUAUCCAUUGAGGAAUUGGUUGAUGACACCUUUCCGAGAUAAUGGAAGACUUAAUGCACAGCAACGAAGAUUUAAUCAAAGGCUGUCUGUGGCAAGACAAAUUGUUGAACGGGUGUAUGGACACUUAAAAGGAAGGUUUCGAAGGCUUCGAGAAAUAUCUGUUCGAAAGCUGUCUCGUAUAGUUUCACUGAUUAUUUCAGGAUGCAUUUUGCACAAUUUAUGUGUUUUGCAUCAUGAUGACGUCGAAGCGUUUAUAGACAAUGAUGACGAUAGACAUCCUAAUGCCUACCCUAACAUUUUUGUUGAUGGAAGGGAUGGAGCAUUAUUCAGACAGCAGUUAAUGAAUACAAUGCCAUUGUAAAUACUUUAUUUGAAACAGUUUUUGAAAUGAUUAUGGUUUUCUAGCGUAUGUUGCACACAAAAAUUAUAUUAAAGAUAUUAAAAGAUUUCAGAAGUGUU